AAUAAAAAAUUCAGCAUGUCGCAGCCCACCACGCUCAACCACACUCUCGUCCCCAUGCCCACACGCCAGCACGCUGACCGCGCAGAAGCCCUCUGGACCCUGUCCAUCGCACUCAUAGACUCCGCCGUCGAUAUCCUCGAGCACCAUGUGCGGACAGACGAGCAGUUGAGCAAAGAUAGUGCCCUGUUACCUGGUGGCACCCUGGGCAAACACUUUCGUCAUGUCAUCGAGACUUUCCGAGCAUUCUUAUUACCUCUCUAUCCUGUACCUACUACAGCGCCACACAUCCCAGAGAUCAACUACGAUGCUAUCCUCCCAUCUUCUCGCCGCCCCAUCGCUCGGUCACUCGAUUCAUGUCGAUCAGCUAUGCGUCAAAUUAGUAAAGACCUUUCAGCUUGGGGAGAAUUGUGCAUGGAGCGGGGACGCGGACGAAAGAGUGGGAAUGAAGCAGACCGAAGGAUAAAUGAAACACGAGGGAGAAGGGAGAGAAAUGAACGGGCAGGUCUGGGGUUGGACGCGCAAGAUAAUGCGAGCGAGGAGAGGGAUGGACUGGCAGAUGAGAUGGAGAGAAUCGUCAAAGUAGCGGCUAUAACGCCUACCAAGCAAGAGAUGGGCAGUACUGUCGGACGAGAGCUAUGGUACUGCUCCUUACAUGCUAUACAUCAUUUCUCGAUGCUACGGACCAUCGCCGUCUACGAACUAAAUCUCGAUCUCCCUGUAGAGUUUGGAACAGCUCCUUCGACAUUGCUUUACCGUGGCUUGGCGUGGAAACCGCCAGUAGAGAAAGAACAUGUCAAGGUUGUACGUACCAGCAAGUUGUAACUUGCCACACAGAUCAAGCACCGUCCUAGCAUUGUACUAUCGAAUUCUUUCUCAGCAUAUGUUGUUCAAGCUGAACGAUUUUUUGGAUCCUGGUUGUCUAACCUUAUUAUAACCUUAUUAUGAGCUAGCAGAAGUUUUCAAGUUGGCAAACUGGCAUAUGCAUAUCCUGGACUAUGGAGCAUAUAGG